CAUGCCAGGGAGGUGAGCAGUGAGGGUCCUGAAGAGGGCUGCUCAGUCGUUCAGAGAGCUGCCGAGCUCCAUCUCUGUCACAGUCCAGAUGAAGAACGACCCUAUGGCCUGAACCGCCUACGUGCAUGUUUACAACUACAGCUUCCAGUGUAUUCACACCUGCUGCUUCGUUGUUCGUCCAACCCCGCAGGACUUUGAGGGUGAUGUCAUGACUUGCGUGUGACUUGGAUUAUAGUGAGGAAGACUUGAGCAGCAUCGUCCUCACUCUCUCUUCCGUUCCUAUCCGUAUCCAGUGGCAAGACAGCUAGUCGAGACGGCUGGAGAUAGGUAGGAUGUAGUGGAUGGCCAUCAGUGCUGUGUGCCGCACUAUGCUCUUAGCGCAUUCCACAAUGCGUUGCCGGAAGUCACCUUCAUGAACGUUUCACCAAUGUGGUUCGUCCGCACAAUCCGCUGAGAUCUAGGCUUCACACGCUAGGGCUGGCAUGCCCAGGACGCACCAAGAACCAAGGUCCCUGGCCCCUCACCUGGUUUAGCCCGCCUGUCGAAGCGGUUUACCGGGGUGUUGGCCGCUGCGCAUGAUACAGCUGCUUGGGGCCACAGGAGCUUUUAGAUGCUUCGAUAUGGGAUCGGCAGCUUCUACUGUUGCUUCGCCACCAGGCUCCCAUCAUAACAUUCAACAAUCGGCGGAGAAUUCCCCGAUAAACUCUGCGCACCGAACAAGAAAAGCCUCAUCUGUUCCCAAAAAACAAUCGAAUGGAUUCAUCGUACUGAGCUACGCACCAACUCACACACCCCUUGUGCGAAAACGAGGGCGAAUUAAGACAGGCUUUCCAGAGCACGGACUCAUACAAGAUAAAUACUUUCUUAUAAAAGAUCAAUUCAAGGGAAUCGAUCGACUAGACACACUGAAGAAAUAUGGCGCGCCAAAUUUUCGCAAAGCAAGUGGUUCGUAUCCCGUUUACGGCAUGGGUCAACCAUCGAGGGACGGCCUAGCAGUUGUGAUAGAGGAGUUAAUAUGCAGGGGACAUAAGGAAAUCGUGUCGUUCAACCUUCGCGAGGAGCCCGUCAUCUUCCUAAGUCUGAAUCACGACUACAUUCCGUACUCGCCACGAGACCCAAACAGCUUGAAAGGGAACAUCGCCAACUACGGCGUGAAGCCCGAGGAGCUUGCGGAGACGGAAAUCAAGAUACGGGAGGAGAUUAUCAAGUUAUCUAUCGAGGAAGGUGGCAAGUUCUAUUUCUAUCACGAUGUGGAUAACUUCGAUAACGAGCCGCACUCAUACAACAUCUCCUAUGAGGAGCACGUGUGUGUAAUGGACGAGAUCUAUAGCAGACAGAUCUUUCUCACUCCAUUCCUCAGAUAUUCUCGCGUCCCUAUCACCGCUACAAACGCCCCAGAGGAGCAAGACUUCGACCAGUUUAUCAACGCCAUCAAAGACAUUCCUCAAGUGAUAGAUGUAAAUUCCGCCGCACCCCUCCCCGCUCUUAUAUUCAACUGUCACGUGGGUCAGGGACGCACCACUACUGGCAUGGUGAUUGGCUGCCUGAUUAUGUGCCAUAGGACUGGCUUCCCGCCAGAUGCAAAUACUAUUCCAGUCUUAAUAGACGAGAACCGCCCAAAUUACGAGAAAGGAGAAUUCCGUAUUAUCCAGCAGCUUGUUAGGAACCUUCCAAACGGGUCCCAAGUAAAACAGGAGGUUGAUGCCGUUAUUGACGUGUGUUCUGACGUCAUGAAUAUCAGGCUCGGGAUAUGCGAGUGCAAACGCAAGCUUGGGGAGAUCAAGGAAGACUACGUAAUAGAGGGACAGAACGCCCGUGACUACUGGAUACGCCGAGGACUGAGUUACCUUGAGAGAUACUUCUUCCUCAUACUCUUUAACGCUUAUCUACACGAGCAGUUUCCACUGGUGUUCUCUCAGACGUUCUGUCGGUGGAUGCGGCACCGACCUUGGAUCUACCGCAUGCUUAGCCACAUAGACAUCAAGGAGAAGGGCGCUACCUCAGAAUUCAUGAUGAGGACGCAUCAGCCUACAUGCCUGGUUGCUGAUGAAGAGUUUGGUAUGGACGUGCUCAGUACUCAGCGAGAAGUUGAGGUAUCUAAUUUUAGAAAAGUACCAGGCCUUCCCGUUUACGGCAUGUGUCAACCGAACAGAAAGGGCCCGGAGAAAGUGAUUGGCCUCCUCACGGGACCCAAGUACGCGCACCCAAGAGUUGUGGUGGUCAACCUGAGGGAAGACCUAGUUAUAGACUGCGAUGGAGAGACCUUCAGUCCGAGAGAACUGAAAAAUAUAUCCGAGCACAUGCCAUACAAAGGAUUGAAUUCAGCGGAAAUCGAGAAAAAAGAAAGCGAGUUGAAAGGAGAACUACUUCGGAAAGGGAAAUCCAGACCUGUACAAGUAUAUGUGGACGUGAAUUCGACCCACGAGACGCGUGAGUUCAGCAGCGUGCUGACGAUGCGUGAGAUGUUCGACGAGCAGAUGAGACACACACCGUUACUCUCAUACUACAGGCUACCCGCGCCUAAAGACAAGGCCAUGGAGGAAAGGGAUUUUGAUCACUUGAUGAACAUAGUGAGUUCUCUUGAGGAGAUCUACACAGACGAGGAUGGUCCUGCGCUUGUGUUUAGUUGCGAAAGCGGAAAAGAACGCACGACAACAGCUAUGGUAGCAGCUUGUCUGAUAUACUGCAACAAAAAGGGCUUCCCUGCAGGGACCAAACCGGACGAGCAAGACCCAGCUUGUGUUCCCAACGCCAAGUACACCCUUGGAGAGUUUUCCGUGAUAAGACACCUGAUGCGUGUACUGCCAAACGGACCGCAGAGGAAGCGGGAGGUGGACUAUUGUUUAGACAAGGUGUCCGAGACAAUGACCCCCAUGCAUUACCACGCCCGGGAAGUUAUUUUCUCCACUUUCCACAAGUACAAAUACGGGUGUUCCGAUGUGCCUCGCGAUGAGAAACUGGACCUUCGCAAGCGCAGCCUCUACUAUCUUGAGCGCUACUUCUACUUCAUUCUGUUCAACACGUACCUGAACAUGGAGAGGCGCUCCAAGUGGGACCGUUCAUUCAGUCAGUGGAUGACCGAGGUCGCGUCUUCGGCGGGUGUCUACGAUAUCCUCGAUAACUUUGGUUUUCACGACUUUGAGAAGACAGAGGAGAGACUACGAGCGCUGCGUUGGAGGUGGAGGGAAAGUUAUCGCGGUAAACCGGAAGAUAACUAAUCGGAACUCAUUUCGGUUACCGGAAGUUAUUGUAACAAACCGGAAUCUACUUAGACCGGCGGUUGCAAGCAUAACCAGAAGUUACCGUAACAAACCGGAAUCUACCAAGACUGACAGUUGCCAGUAUAUUUCCGUCCCGGAAUCUAGCUAAACCGGAAAUUUCAUGGAUAACCGGAAGUUAUGGUUACAAGCCGUCCCGUAAUUAAUCGAGACAACCGGAAACUAACUAAAAAAAAAAAAAAAGAACCAGAAAUCCUAUACCGGAACGAAAAGCAGCGAAAGGCUAAUUUUCUUGAAAAUAUGCUUAACUAGCAAUUUGCAAGAAUUAUCUCAUAAGGAUUUAUCCCAACGUAGUUUGUUAUGCACAUCUAGGGAGAAUCACUGUAUUGAAGAUACAAAACUUACAGUAAGUGGCCCGGGACAUUUAUACAAAACUGACAAAACUGACGUUGGCACGGGGACAGCAUUCGAGAGAGAGCAUUCCUACUUCACGAUAAAGCGAGCUUUAC